AUGUUGCCCAAAAACCUGUUUUAUUUUGUUGCCCUUUUGGGGCUUAUUCUUUUUUCUUGUCCUGCUGCCCGGUGUGAAGAUGAAGAAGCCCCAGUGGAAGUGGAUAAAGCCACAGAAGAUGAUUUGAAGCCAGGAGAGACAGUCAUCUUAGAUGAGGAUGCUCUCAUGGACAUGGGUGAUGAUGAAGAUGAUAAUGAGGAGCCAGAGGUAACAGAAGAAGAUGGAGUCCUUGUGCUCACAAGUGAUAAAUUUGAUGAUGUUGUCAAGAAUAAAGACAUCAUUUUGGUGGAGUUUUAUGCCCCUUGGUGUGGUCAUUGUAAGAGUCUUGCUCCAGAGUACGCCAAAGCAGCCCAAACAAUGAAGAAAGCUGACCCCCCUGUCCUUUUUGCUAAGGUUGAUGCCACAGCGGAGGCAGACCUUGCUCAGAGAUAUGAAGUGACAGGAUACCCAACCCUCAAGAUAUUUAGGAAAGGAGAGGCUUCGAAUUAUGAAGGACCAAGAGAUGAAGCAGGUAUUGUGAGAUACAUGAAAGAGCAGUCUGAUCCAAACUGGGAGCCCCCACCAGAGGCAGUAAUGACCUUGACUUCUGAGAACUUCGAUGAAAUAGUCAACCAGGCUGGUCCCAUUCUUGUAGAGUUCUAUGCUCCAUGGUGUGGUCAUUGCAAAAGACUUGCCCCAGAAUUGGAGGCUGCCGCAGGUGUUCUGAAGGAUGAUGAUCCUCCAAUUUCAAUCGCCAAAGUUGAUGCUACAGAAGAAAAGGACCUGGCAACUAGGUUUGGAGUUAGUGGCUAUCCAACUCUAUUCAUCUUUAGGAAUGGAGAAAAAUCCGAGUACAAGGGUCCAAGAGAAAAAAGAGGGAUCCUUGAAUACAUGAGGAAACAAGCUGGUGAUAGUUCAGAGCAUCUUGCGUCUCCUAAGGCCCUCAAGCAGUUUGUGGAGUUCCAAGAAGACAUCAGCAUCGUUGGAUUUUUUAAGACAGAGGAGGAGGACUUGUACAAGACAUACUUAGAGGCAGGUAACGACUUGAGAGAAGACUAUCGGUUUGGACACACCUUUGACCACCAGUUGAUGGCCAACUACAAAGUCAAUCCCAACUCCAUCGUUAUCUUUAUGCCAGAGAGAUUCCAGUCAAAAUAUGAACCCAAAAGGCAUGUCUUUGACAAGGCUGGUGCCUCAGCUGCCGAGAUCCAGAGCUUUUACAGUGACAAUGACCUUCCUUUGGUUGGUCACAUGACAAAGGAAAACAUGGACAAGCGCUACAAAGACAGACCACUGAUAGUAGCAUACUAUGAUGUGGACUGGAGCUUUGAACACAGAAAGGCAACUGAGAUCUGGCGUCAGAAAAUUCUUGCCGUGGCCAAGGACAAAGAGUUCAAGGACUUAACUUUUGCCAUCGCUGAGGAAGACGAAUUCAAUGACCAACUCAAACAACUUGAAUUAGAUGACAGUGGAGAAGAAAUAAACAUCGGUCUCUUCACGGACGGAAAGAAAUACAAGAUGGAGCCAGAUGAAGACUUUGAUUCGGACAUGCUGAGGGAGUUUAUAAGAGCCUGGAGAGACGACAAACUCAGGCCUAUCAUCAAGUCACAACCCAUUCCCCGUAAGCAGUCAAGCCCAGUCACCGUCUUAGUCGGGAAAACCUUUGACAAGAUUGUGUUUGAUAAAAGGAAGGAUGUGCUGGUUGAGCUGUAUGCACCUUGGUGUGGUCACUGCAAGAAGUUGGAACCAACCUACAAGAAACUAGCCAAGAAGUAUAAGGACCAUCCCAGUGUUGUCGUAGCCAAGAUGGAUGCAACAGCCAAUGACACCCCAAGCGAGUACAGUUCGUCUGGUUUCCCGACCAUCUAUCUUGCCAAGGCCAAUGAUAAAAAGAACCCUCUGAAAUAUGAAGGGGGUGACCGAUCAAUUGAAGCACUGAGUAAGUUUAUUGAGGACAAUGCUUCAACUCUGACAACCAAGAAAGCAAAGGAAGAACUUUAAUGGUGAAAUUUUGAUAAUUAAUUUGCAACUUGUUUCAUAAUUGGUCAAAACCUUAAAAUUGAAAUGUGACCUUGUACGCUCUGCCAUGAUGCUUUUUCCUUUGAAAAAAAAAGUACAGGACGAGUAAGAAAAAGGAUGUGAACGAUCUAGGAUGUGAAAGAUCUAGGAUGUGAAAGCCCAAGUAUGAGCUUUCAUUAGUAAAAGAAUAAUUCAAAUCGCUAAUUUCCAUUUUCAGUCAUGGACUUUACAACACAAACAGUUUUAUCUUGUCCACUUAUCAUUAUAAAGGUAGGGAUAUAGCAGUUAAUCAAAGACAAUUCACAUAUUAAAAAAAACAGUACACUAUCAUAAUCAUGGUAACUGGCACUUAUCAUAACCUAUGUAAACCUCAUCAUUACCUAUAUAUAAACACCUUUUGCUUCCAAUGUUAAAACAAGAUGGUUAUAAUGCCAAGAGUUUUAAUUAUAGUCUUGUCCUGCCUUCUACUUGGCUACCCCGGAAACUUUCUGAUAUUGUUUUCAUGACACCACAUGGUUUCACUUUACUCAAAAUAUUACAUACAUGUACCUUAAUGUGAUCCAUGGACAAAAAUUUAAAACUUUGUGUUCAAAAUUUCAUAACUGGAAAAGUACGUAAGUGAUUUGAAUGAUUUAUUUUUACGAAGGAAUGCAUAUUAAUUGGACUUUAACAACCUAGAUCUGGAAAGCUCUACAUGCAGAAUUGCCUUAAAAAAACAGGGGUGACUGCCAAUAGGGUUUCCUCUUUUUUUGAUUCGCCCUGUAUUGAUGAGGUCAUGAAAUCAUGUAGCUGGAAUUUUUUUGUCCUAUUGCAGAUGCAAAUGUGUAUUCCAUCAGCUUUUGAAUUUUCAUUUGACAUGUCAUUCAAAUUGUAGCCAACCUUUUAAUAGCCAUUUCACAUUUGAUGUGAGUUUCAGGAUUACGUCUGGCUGAGGUGUGGAUAUGCAGCGAUAAAGGAAAGUUGCGACAAAAAUGUGCAAUGAAAAUUCAAGAUAUCACUUGUGUGUCCCACAGCAGCUAUUGAAGAAAUACAUGUACAUUGUACAAUGGCCAACAAUGUUUAUUCCAAAAUUACAUGCCUCUUUACACACAUGAUAAAAGUAUUAAAAUAGUUUGUAUCAUUUUUGCGUUCAUUUUUUUGAAGAUCAUAACUGUCAAUCAGUACUUUGCUUUUGAGCAACAAAACAUUUCUUCCCAAUGUCCAAAAAAAAAUUGUUCCUUUCUUUUUGUUUAAUUUUUUACUGUAGUUUUGCUAUUUGGUGAGGUUUGGGGGUUUUAAGAGUUGUUUUCGACAAUUCCCGUCAUUUAUACUUGAAUCUGUAACUUUUUUUUAGGAAAAAUCUCUGUGGUGGUUGUCUGUAGUGCUGAAGAAUAUUAUGAGUAUCGCCAUAAGCAUCUUAUUGGACUAUCACCUCAUCUUUGAAUUUAUGACUCGGUUAAACUACUUAUUGAGAAAAAUGAAGGUUAAAUGAUGUAACAUGCUCACAUUUUUAUCUGGAAUAAAAACAUCUAAAGACUUCCAAAAACAUUUUCGUUUCUUAAACAUUUAUUUCAGGCUCUCAUUUUUGGACAUCCGCCUGUUCAGGUAACAAAAAUACAUUAGCUAGGAGGUAACCUUGCUUUUAAUAUUAUAUAAAGGGUGCAAACAUUUUACGUUUCUAAACAGCUUGCAAGGGGUUGACCUUGUUUUUGUUUUCUCCAACAACGUCUAAAGGGGUUAACCUUGUACUUAUAUUCAAAAUGGGCAAACAAAUUAAGAUUCUAAAGUUUUCGUAAAAAUCAAUUAGCAAGGGGUUAACCUUGCUUUCAAAAAUGGGACAAAAUAUAUAUUUUCUGAAAUGUUCUAAAAUUAAAUUGCAAGGGGUUAACCUUGUUAAUGGUGCAAAAAGGUUUUGAGUAUCUAAACAUGUAGUAAACUCAAGGUUGACAUCCUCAAAUUUUGUUGUCACCAUUGAAAAUAUGGAAUUUGAUAAAAGUCACGUCAGGUGUCAUUUUAAAUGUCAAUCAAUACACCCAAUUUUCACAGGCUUUUGUUGAACCUUCCUGUAGUUUUUUUGUACAACAGACCUUGUUUUAAUAUAAAUCCUUGUUAAUUAGUGGCAUUCGUGAAACAUGCCAAUAUUUUGGCAAAUUAAUGUGGAUGAACAUUAUGAUGAAAUGUUUUGCUUGGCACGCAAUAACCGUAAGUGGCUAUUGGCUUUUGUAGGGAUCACUACGGCCCGAAACAAACUGGAAUAUUGACAAUAUAUGUUGUUAUUUUGGAAGGUUCACAACGACCGGAAAUAAAAUUGUACAUGUA